UUUUUGCUGACGCAACUCUGUCUAUUUUUACGGACUUAUUUUUCUGGAAUGUGUUUAGGAUUAUUUCGUGUUAUUGGUUUAAUUUGCAUUACAUUUUUGUUUUAAUGGUGGUUCAUCCAUUUUAAGAUGAAGUUCUUCACCAUUAGUUCUGUUUUCAAGUUUUCCUGGGAUCAAGUAGCUUCUGCCUUUUGGCAGAGAUAUCCAAAUCCUUACAGUAAGCAUGUUCUUAGUGAAGAUGUUGUAAACCGGGAGAUUUCCAGUGGUUUGUUAUACAGUACGAGAUUAAUAACGAAGACAAACCCUCUGCCAAGAUGGGGAGAGCGGUUUGUGCCAGGCCCACGACAUGUCUGUGUUUUAGAAGAGUCCAUUGUGGAUCCAUGCAACAAGACUAUUACCACUUACACAAGGAAUAUAGGCAUGCAGAGAGUCAUGACGGUGGAAGAAAGAUGUGUGUACAAAGUGGACCCAGAAAACACAAAAUGGACAGUAUGUGAGAGAUCAACCUGGGUGUCGUCCUCCAUUUAUGGUUUCGGAAGAGCCAUUCAGGCUUUUGGCAUGGACAGGAUCAAGAAAAACUCAGUAAAGGCCUCAAAGGGCUACGAAUACAUUUUAGAAAAACUCUAUGUUCCUGAAACCAUCCCCGAACAGACAUUACACAGAACGGACAAACUGAAAGAGGCUGCUCGCAAAGCGGCCGAAGUAGCAGCGGCUAAAGCAAAGAGUAAAACGCGGCCAAUCCUUGCAUCACCUAGUCAGAUGUCCUGAGACACAGUUUUGUUUCACUUGGAUCUUACACUGGAACAGCAAUUCAUGGAACUCAGUUCUGUACCGAUAAAAUGUCACUUGGUGAAUACUGUUACUGACUAUAAGUUAACAAAAUGUUCUUUAAAUGCUCAUAAUAUAUAUAUGGCAUGGUAUGAAGAAAAACAGACUGAUACUGACAGUAGUUGAUACAUUAAAAUAAUUACAUACAAACGUAAUUUGAAUAUCUGGGACAGUUGCUUUUAUAAGAGCCUUUUUACAUUUUCAAAUAUAAUGUCUGAAGCACCAAAAUUACAGUUUCAUAAUGUCCAGAUAUUAGUGACUUGUCUACUAAUGUAUCUAAUGUACAGAGCUGGAACAAAACUCUUCACUCGUGGUAAGAUUAUUAGAUUGCACACUCUUUGGAUAUAAACAUUUGUGUUGAUACAAUGAAAAUUGUAGCACCUCUUCAAUUUUACUUAUGGUUUUAAUUAUGACUGGAAAUCUGAGAAUCUUUUGUAAAUGAAUAAGGAUUCUUUAUUUAUUUAUUUAUUUAUUUAAAUAUAGAUUCAAGAUUUUAAAACUGACAUUGAUCUUUUAAGAACAAAUCGUGAUCUAUUGCAGUAAAUUGCUAGUACCGUGUAUCACAGUACACGGACUGCAACACUCGAUUGAAACAGAAGUCUGUAACUAAUGUGAAAUAAUUGCAUCGGGAUCUAGCUGGGUCGAUAGAGUGCUUUCCCAAGGUGCAUGGGUUGAAGGAUCAAAUCCCCUCGAACCCAUUGCCUGUCUAUAAGGUACCAACCAGUACCCCACAACAUGUGUAUAGAAAGAUGUGGUAUGUGCUGUCCUGUAUGGGGAAAAUGCAUAUAAUAGAUCCCUUGCAAAUGGAAAAAUGUAGUGUAGUUUUCUCUGAAGAUUCCUCUAAAAAUUAUUAAAUGUUUGACAUUCAAUAGCCGAUGAUUAAGUAAUGUGUUCUUAUGGUGUUAAACAAAACAAACUUUACCAAGAUGAAAAUGUUCCAGAUUUUUCUGAAAUUCCCAAUAUUAGCACGACCCUUAAAAUGAUCCUAUCUUGUUCUUUGAUAAAAAAAAAAAAAAAAAAAAGGCUGAGCUCAAAGUAACCCCGGACUUUUUCUUCUGUUUUGUGUCCACUGUCAUUUUCAUAGCUGAUGUAUCAUGGUCAUGAAAGUUCAUAUUGUCAGUGGAUUAUUGAGUUUACCUCACAGCACCCGCUCCAACCCAGAGAAAAUUUACAGCAUGGAUGGGAAGUGCAAGAAACUUUUUUUUCUUCAAAAUUUUGAUUCGGGACAUUUCUAUUCAAAUUAAAAAUUGAUUAGCAUUUACUGUUUAAUGUUUUAAAAUUGUGUAGCUUUCUCUGAAAUUUGCUUACUGAAUCGUGACGCAAUACUGAAUAAAAUGUUCCUUGAAGUGCAAGGUCACAAAAGCAAUUUACCUCUCAUUAAUCCAUUUUCUGGGCAGACAGUCCCGAUAGCUGAGAUGUAUGUAAACAACAGUUUACUUGAACCAUAGUUUAUUUUAAGCAUGAAAGCAAAUGCUAUACUAAAUAAAUAGUGCAGUUUGAUGCUAUUCUGUAUUGAAUUGGAAGUACAAAUGAACCCAGUGACAAAUGGAUGCAUUCUGGGUUUCUGCCAGACGGUAAAACAGGUAUAACGCCAUACCCAAAUUGUUUUGCAGAUUUCUUUUUUGACAAAAUUAAUUACUGUAUGAUUUUCUCAACGCUAACCCCCAUAACCCCUGUUGACUGUGGUUGCAUCCAAUUCCAUAGCGUCAUACCCCAAAAAACAUUAUCUGGCAGAAAUACAGACAUUGUAUUAAUGCAUCUGGUUUCCAUUAUUCAAUAUUAAAUUAUGCUUUGUAUAUGUGUACAUGACAGUAGUGGGCAUUUCACUUGUGUUUCAUAUAUCACACCAGUGUCCUUUUCUCCCAAUGUCCACCUGAAUGUUUCUGUUGAAAGUCUGGUAAUAUUUAACUGAUCUUCAGUUGACUUGUCUGGUCAGACAAGUUGCAAGAACAGUCGACUUGCUCUAGUCACCAAACUACUUGUCCUAAGUAAGUGGUCAAGUCUUAAAGAGGAGCCACAUGAAGAACUACAUUAUGUAUGUUCGGUGCCAUGUUGGAAUUUUUAUUUUACUUUUAUUUAAUUUUUUGCCUGUCAUGCAUGCACAGCAAUAUUUUUGUUGUUGAUUUAGACUACCAGUAUAGUUGUGUUAAAUCCUGGACAAUCUGUGACAACAUACGUAAAUUGUCCAAUUUAACACCAAAAUUAACCUACGGAAAACAUGCUUAUAAUCAUUAUUAUUGCAUUAUAAUAAAACAUUUUGCACUUUAUACACCUGUAUUUCAAAAUACAGAUCAUGAUAUGUUAUGGCACACUUUCACAGGAAAAAAAGAAUUUCCAGUGAAUUUCUUCCAUAUGUUUGAGGCAGGACCUUCAAAUUGAUUUGAUCAUAUACCGAAAUUAAAGUCAUGAUAACCUA